AACAUACAAUUUCAUUUCAUAUUUCGUACUAUAUAUAGUGAGAGAAUCAACCAUGUCUGACAUUGCUUUGUUAGUAGCGGAAGAGUUUGAGAGGAGGACAAAGAAUUUGAAAAGUGGAGGCCCGGGCGUUGUAAGAGAAGGUGAAUUCAACAUGGUUUCUUGUGCUUCGCUAUUGGUUUUCACACGGAGGCUGAAGGAGAAGGUUGAGGAGAGGAUUUGGGAACCCAAAACCCAAAUUGCUAUUGCUGCUUCUAAUAGUUUUUUCUCUGCGUGAAGAAUGUUUAUUACUUCUCCUCAUCAGCUCUGCUUGUUGGUUGUAAUAGUUUCCUUUUUUAAUCUUCUUUUCUUUGUGUUAUUUAUUGUCCAUAGUUAUAUAU